AAUUUUAAAUAAAAUAAUAAUUGGGCGUAACCAGAGGUGGAGAGGGAAAAGAGUUGAAGACUUGAAGUGAAGAAAGAAAGAAUUGAGAAAGGAUAGGGUUUAGGGUUGGCAAAGGAAGGAAGGGAUGGAAGCAGCUGUGGUGGACGUCGGCUCUAAGCUUCUCAAAGCGGACUUUGCAAUUCCUGACCAGACUCCCGCCAUGAUAAUUCCCACUCAGAUGAAGCAAUUGCUCGAUGAUGGAUCAGUCACUGAUAGUUCACUGGCUGACAAUGUCACCGUUGAUCCCGUCGUGCGAGGAUUUAUUAGAGAUUGGGAUGCCAUUGAAGAUUUGUUGCACCAUGUUUUGUAUAGUGGCCUCGGAUGGGAAAUUGGCAAUGAAGGACAAAUACUAUUUACUGAUCCACUUUGUACCCCUAAGGCGAACAAAGAACAGUUGGUGCAACUAAUGUUUGAAACAUUCAACAUCUCAGGGUUUUAUGCCUCAGAACAAGCAGUGUUAUCACUCUAUGCUGUGGGACGUAUCUCAGGCUGCACUGUUGAUAUUGGACAUGGAAAAAUAGAUAUUGCACCGGUAAUUGAGGGUGCUGUUCACCACAUUGCCUCAAGAAGAUUUGAGUUUGGAGGUACUGACCUAACUAAUUUCCUGGCUCUAGAACUUGGCAAGUCCAAUCCACAAGUAAAUAUCAGCAUGUCUGAUGUGGAGAAAAUAAAAGAGCUGUACUCAUGCUGUGCUGAAGAUGAAUUAGCUUAUCAGAAGACCGGAUAUUCUUGUCCUGUGGAGAAGCACACCCUUCCUGAUGGACAGGUAAUAACAAUUGGGAGAGAAAGAUAUACUGUUGGGGAAGCUUUAUUCCAGCCAUGUCUACUGGGUUUAGAGGCUCAUGGCAUUGUUGAUCAGCUUGUCCGUGCUAUUUCAACUGUGUCAUCUGAUAAUCAACGGCAGCUGCUGGAAAAUACUGUGGUUUGUGGUGGCACUUCUUCUAUGGCAGGUUUUGAAGAGAGAUUUCAGAAGGAAUCUAGCUUAAGUUCAUCUGCUGUUCAACCUACACUCGUUAAGCCUCCAGAAUAUAUGCCAGAAAAUUUAACCAUGUAUUCUGCAUGGGUGGGAGGUGCCAUACUUGCCAAAGUGGUUUUCCCUCAAAAUCAGCAUAUAACUAAGGCAGACUAUGAUGAAACUGGACCUUCCAUUGUUCACCGGAAAUGCUUCUAACAGUAUCUAUCCACAUGGUUUCAACAACUAUUUAUUCCUCUGCAUCUACUGGUACUGUAACAUGCUGUAAUAGCUGUAUAUUCCAAGUGCUAGAUGUCGUGUAUAUCUUAAAAGCUGCAGCGAUCUCCAUUAAUGCAAUCUUCUCACUCUGCAUGACUUCCCAGGUAGCAGUGGAAGAUUUCCGUAAAUACCUGUUCCUUAAACAUGCAUAUGUUGGAGCUCUAGGAGCUUGCAUAUCUUUGUAAUGUGGAUAUCUCCUGUAAAAUAUUCAUUUUGGCCAUUUGUAACCUUGUAGCCUGUAGCUACUAGCUACACCUCUUCUAGCACACCCCUUUGUUCCUUUUAUAUGAUAGUUUGGAAUUUAUGUUUUAAUUUAUGAAUUAAUAAUAUAUCUUGUAUUAAUGUUUUAAUAAUAGUUUGGAAGGAAAGUUAUAGGCAA